AUGUGGCGGUGUGUGAAUCCGCCCCGCCUGCUGCUGCGGCGAAAACAAGGCGUCCGGGGGCUUGCGUGGGCCUGGCAGGCGCCAGCAGUGCGACGCCGCGCUCCGCCGCGCUGGUGUACCUGCAGUGCCCCGAUCUUCGUGCGCCUCGCAGCGAACGCGUACCGCUGCGAUGUCUGCGGGGGUGCGCAGCAGCUUCAGGGGGGCGGCAAUGACGGCGAGGGGAAGAAUGUGUGCAGGCCGUCGCUCACCACUACCGCACCUGCGCCGCACGGGCAUGUAACCGUCAUGCUGGAUCUGAAGCCCACGGAGGCGGCGCGCCGCGUUGGUGAAGAGGUUAGGGCACAAGUUGCGGCUGCACACACCGACCACAGCGCUCUCGCUGCGAGACUUGCCGUUGCGCGGUCUUCAAGCCGGUGCGGCCUCGAUCUGUACGCGGGGUGGUGCGCGCAGGCGAGCGCGCCGACCGCAUUUGGGAAACGGAGAGGAGAUAUUGAGAGUGAGAAAACGGUGGUGACCGUCGAUGCAUUACACGACGCGAUGUACGCGCUACGCUUCGCUACAGCCACGUACGCACUGCCGUACGAGCUGGGCUACUUUGACAGCAUCUGGCGUAACAUGCAGCUACGACUGCCGCGCCACCAGCGCUACGUGGCGGCAGCCGUGGCAGAGCAGGCUGCUGCGAUGCAACGCAUUCUUCUCGGUGCGAGGCAUGACCCGCUUCUAGAGGUGGCGCAUGCCCGCUGCUCUGUGUGCCUCGGCCAGGCGUCCUUUGCGAUCUUUCUUGACCACCGCCGGCAGCGUGUUGUUGUGGCGUUCAGGGGCACACUCACCGCCGCUGACGCCAUCGCUGACUUGGCCAGCGGUUACGCACGUGUGCGCCUGGGGGCUGCUGUACCUUCGUUGCCUUCUUCGGCGCCGGCAAUGGAGUUGUACACGCAUGUGCCGCGUGGAUUCUACACCAACGUAAUGGAGGUGGGUCCGCAAGUCAUGGAAGCGCUCACGAGUAUUCGGCAGCAGUGGCCUGACUACGAAGUGAUGUGUGUUGGCCACUCCCUCGGCGCCGUUGAAGCUAUUCUCUUUCACCUGCUCUUUUGCCUCGGUACAGAGCGGGGUGCGGCGAUGCGUACAAUCGCCAUUGCGCCGGCCCCGUGUAUCGAUAGUGCGGCAGCGGUGGAGGUCAACGGGCUUCUGGGCGACGGGGCGAUGACGUCGUGGGUGUACGGCCUUGAUGCAGUGCCGCGGCUGCAAGUAAGCUCUAUUCUUGACCUCUUCUAUCCACCGGCAAGACCUAGUACCAUGGGUAGUAGCGGCAGCGCGUCAGUGCAGCAGCAGCAGCAGCAGCCAGGGGAGGGGCUGCCGCUUUUGUCUAUUCCUGGGCGGCUGCUUCACGUUCCAGCAGACGGCACAGAUGUGUUAGAUGUCCCUGUUGACGCGCCGUGGUGGCGCUGCCUGUUCGUCGGGAAGGAUGCGGUGCUGCACCAUUUCCCGGCGGCGUACGCUGCGGCCUUUCACAACGUGCUGUUGCAGCGAGCAAAGCAAAGAAAAAAAUGCGUCAACGAAGAAAAGAAGGAAACUUGCAGGAAGGACGUUUAA